AACUAGAGCUAAAACAUGCGAGUCGUGGCUUGUAUCCUCAAAGUGGAAAGCAUUAAAAUAAUUGCGCUUAUUCACAGUUCAGCUCAGUCCACCCUCUGGUUAUCAGUCUGCACUGUCAUUCUAGAUACACAGGUUAUUGUGCAAAGAAUACAAGAGAAUCCCACUGUCGGACACAAGUGGCUUAACAUCUGUUGUGCUACUGAGCUGGGCCGAGCAAAGCCACCAGAAGCUAUGGCACAGAAGAGCAGCAGGUUCUCCCUCAGAGUGGCUCUGAAGAAGACCCCUUUGUCUGAGAGCAGUGAAGAAUCCUCAGAAGAUGCAGACAGCUGUUCUUCUGAACCCCAGGCCUUGCCGCCACCACCAGUGGCCAAAAGCUGCUCUUCAGACUCUGAGGUGGAACAGCCAAAUGACUUCUUACAGAGGAGAGCAAAGAACAUCCGUGACAACAAAGCCAUGUUGGCCAAAUUAAUGGCAGACUUGGAGAAACUGCCAGGAAACCUACUGUCCGAAGAUGGGAAGCAGGAAGUGAGUGGACAGAAGUCCAGGAAGCCUCCUCGUGCCUCUCUCAGCCAGCAGCAAUUGAGAAGGAACCCGGAACGCACUAGCCGCCGCCAGACUCGCUCCAUGGGAGGUGUAGAACCCACAUCUCCUGACAGAGACAGAAGGCAGCACCUGAUGGACAGACUUCAGGAUGAUUUAAUGGCUGAGGAAGAAGAGGCUCCUAGGAGACGUCGCCCCCCUCGUCCAAGUGCACUAACCAUUCCCCAUAUUGUGCGUCCAGUGGAGGAAAUAACUGAAGAUGACCUAAAGAAUGUUGCAGAUUCUGUGAGGGAUAAAGUCUACAACACUGUGCAUGGCUCCACCUGCCACCAGUGCCGCCAGAAGACUAUUGACACAAAGACAAACUGCCGCAAUGCAGAGUGUCCAGGCGUUCGGGGGCAGUUUUGUGGCCCAUGCUUGAGAAACAGAUAUGGAGAAGAUGUGAGACAAGCUCUUCUGGAUCCUGACUGGCGUUGUCCUCCAUGCAGAGAGAUCUGUAACUGCAGCUUCUGUCGCCAGAGAGACGGGCGUUCUGCUACUGGGAUACUCUUUCCUUUAGCACGUUACCAUGGCUAUAGUGAUGUACAUUCCUAUUUAAAUAGCCUGAGAAACACAAAAGAUGAAGACUCUGAUGGCUCUUAAUGUUUCACAGAAGUGGGAAUCUGCACAUUGUUCUUCUGUCUGUAUUGCUAUUCUUUAACCAUUGCCUCUGUUUUUAAAGCACUUGUCAUAAUUUUUCUUUAAUUGUUAAGGUGAAUAAAAACUUGCACUUCUUGUA